AUGGCCCUGCUGCCCCGGGCGCUGGGCGCGAGCGCGGGGCCGAGCUGGCGGCCGGCGGCGCGCGCCUUCCCCGGCUUCCCGCGGCCGCCGCCCGCCCGCGCGCUCUCCCGCGCCAUGGCCUGCAGGCAGGAGCCGCAGCCGCAGCCGCAGCCUCAGCGCCCGCCGCCCGCCGCCGGCGCCGCGGCCUCGUUCGACUACUUGGUGAUCGGCGGCGGCUCGGGCGGGCUGGCCAGCGCGCGCAGGGCGGCGGAGCUGGGCGCCCGGGCCGCCGUGGUGGAGAGCCACAAGCUGGGCGGCACAUGCGUGAAUGUUGGAUGUGUACCCAAAAAGGUAAUGUGGAACACAGCUGUCCACUCUGAAUUCAUGCAUGAUCACGUUGAUUAUGGCUUUCAAAGUUGUGAGAGCAAAUUCAAUUGGCGGGUUAUAAAGGAAAAGCGUGAUGCCUACGUGAGCCGCCUAAAUACCAUCUAUCAGAAUAAUCUAACUAAGUCCCAUAUAGAAAUCAUCCAUGGCCAUGCGGCAUUCACGUGUGAUUCUGAGCCCACAAUAGAGGUCAAUGGGAACAAAUACACUGCCCCUCACAUCCUGAUUGCCACAGGCGGCGUGCCCUCCCGUCCUCAGGAGAGCCAGAUCCCUGGUGCCAGCCUAGGAAUAACCAGUGAUGGAUUUUUCCAACUGGAAGAAUUACCUGGCCGCAGUGUCAUCGUUGGUGCAGGUUACAUUGCUGUAGAGAUAGCUGGGAUUCUUUCCGCUCUGGGUUCAAAGACAUCACUAAUGAUACGGCAUGAUAAGGUACUUAGAAAUUUUGACUCAAUUAUCAGUUCAAACUGCACUGAAGAGCUGGAGAAUUCUGGCAUAGAGGUCCUGAAGUACUCACAGGUCAAGGAAGUUAAAAAGACAUCCUCAGGCUUGGAACUGUGCAUGAUUACUUCAGCUCCUGGUAGGAAACCCACCUUGACCACAAUUCCAGAUGUUGACUGCCUGCUAUGGGCCAUUGGGCGGGACCCAAACUCCAGUGGCCUGAAUUUAGACAAAGUGGGAAUUCAAACUGAUGACAAAGGUCAUAUCAUAGUAGAUGAAUUCCAGAAUACCAGCGUGAAAGGCAUCUAUGCAGUUGGGGACGUGUGUGGAAAAGCUCUUCUCACUCCAGUUGCCAUAGCUGCUGGCCGAAAACUUGCCCAUAGACUUUUUGAAUGCAAAGAAGAUUCCAAAUUAGACUAUGACAACAUCCCCACAGUCGUCUUCAGCCACCCCCCGAUUGGGACAGUGGGACUCACAGAAGAUGAGGCCAUUUAUAAAUAUGGAAAAGAAAAUGUGAAGACCUAUUCAACCACCUUUACCCCAAUGUAUCAUGCAGUUACCAAAAGGAAAACAAAAUGUGUGAUGAAAAUGGUUUGUGCCACCAUGGAGGAAAAGGUGGUUGGGAUCCAUAUGCAAGGAAUUGGGUGUGAUGAAAUGCUGCAGGGUUUUGCUGUUGCGGUAAAAAUGGGAGCGACCAAAGCUGACUUUGACAACACAGUUGCUAUUCACCCUACCUCUUCCGAAGAACUGGUCACACUUCGUUGAAAACCCAGAGACUUGUAUGGCCAGCAGCUGGACCAGUAGACCUAAAACGAACCAAAUAACAUGUUUUCUCACUGUUCCCAUUUUAUGUAUCUCUUUAUUGUAAUCAGAAUAUUCUGAUAGUGAAAAUUUUCAGUGCAUAAUAGAACUUAUGUAUGUAAUUAGAAAUUUGUUUUGUCAUCCGGGAUUGAUUUUCAUUUGAUUGCAUCUCACAGUAAUCAAUAUUUUAAAGGUGGUUGUUUUGUUUUGUUUUGUUUUGUUUUGUUUUCCUUAUUAACAGCUCUUUGCUAGCUGUUUUUUUGUUUUGUUUUGUUCUAUUUUGUUUUUGUUUCAGCCUUAUCCCAGGUAGAAGACUAUAUGAAGUACAGGUAAUUAAAGUACUUGAAAGAAUUUUACUUGCUAAUUUUUAUAGAUGAAGAUGACAACAGCUCUUCACAUUUAGAUGAUGCAAGUGCACAGUCAUGUUAACUUUUGAAGCCAGUACUGUGCUCUGCAUAUUGCAAAGCUGCUUCAAAGAUGUGACCUUUUUCUAAAAGCAUAUAACAUGAGAGACCCACCUUCCCUAUUUUAUUUUUGUUUUAAAUGAUUAAAAAUCGUAUUCCUUUUAUGAAGUGAAGUACAUCACACUUGGAAAAGAUGUGUGCCUCAUAAGUGAGGGACAUUUUGGAAGUAGUUUCUACUUUCAGAAGGAGAAGAAUUCAAAGUCUCUUCCUCUGCUAAGAGUUCAUAGUUCAAUGAAUGAUUUCAAGUUUUUAUGUGUUCUUGUCAUUUUUUUUCCUGAAAACUAUUUCCAGAAACCUGAAAAUAAAAUCAUAGCCUUUUCUUCUUA